UCCCCCGAGAUUGCAUUUUGCCGGCGAGAUGCUCUCCUAGAACCGGCGCCGGCGCCUCCGCCCCCCGCCCCCCACCCGCUCGGGCAGGAUGGUACAGUCUGCAGAGGGGCCCGGGCACGCUGGCUGGGCUCAGCCGCGGCACCAGCUGCCGCACCGCGAUUACGGGGCUGCCCGCCGGGGAACCGUGCAGGAUUGGUGGUGAUUUUCAUAGCCAAGAGCCACCACCCCUGACCAUGUAGAUGCCAGUUCCAGGGAGCAGCAUGGGCCCCACUGAAUGGAGACUCCUGGGUCUACAGCCCUGAGCCCCUCCGGCCCCUGGACCUCGUCCCACACCGGAGGACACCCCUUGGAGCUCACCACCACUGUCACCAGCCCACCUCGGCCACCCCCACCCCCCGGGACCCGGAGUCGGCCGCCUGGUGCCACAGCUGACCAGUGAGGGUGUGCUGAGGACAGCCACAAGCAGCCAUCACCUGGCAGCCUCUUGUCCAGCACUGACCCUUGGGCACAGCCCGAGCAAGGACCGCAGCAAACAUGGGUGACAUGACCAACAGCGACUUUUACUCCAAAAACCAAAGAAAUGAGUCGAGCCAUGGGGGCGAGUUCGGGUGCACAAUGGAGGAGCUCCGCUCCCUCAUGGAGCUGCGGGGCACUGAGGCUGUGGUCAAGAUCAAGGAGACUUAUGGGGACACUGAAGCCAUCUGCCGGCGCCUCAAAACCUCACCUGUUGAAGGUUUGCCGGGCACCGCUCCAGACCUGGAAAAGAGAAAGCAAAUUUUUGGGCAAAACUUUAUACCUCCAAAGAAGCCAAAAACCUUCCUGCAGCUCGUGUGGGAGGCGCUGCAGGAUGUGACGCUCAUCAUCCUGGAGAUCGCCGCCAUCAUCUCCCUGGGGCUGUCCUUCUACCACCCGCCCGGUGAGGGCAACGAAGGAUGUGCGACGGCCCAGGGUGGGGCAGAGGAUGAAGGAGAGGCAGAGGCAGGUUGGAUCGAGGGGGCCGCCAUUCUCCUCUCAGUUAUCUGUGUUGUCCUGGUCACGGCCUUCAAUGACUGGAGCAAAGAGAAACAGUUCCGGGGCCUGCAGAGCCGCAUCGAGCAGGAACAGAAAUUUACCGUGGUCCGGGCUGGCCAGGUGGUCCAGAUCCCUGUGGCUGAGAUCGUGGUUGGGGACAUAGCCCAGGUCAAAUAUGGUGACCUCCUCCCUGCCGACGGCCUCUUCAUCCAGGGCAAUGACCUCAAGAUUGAUGAAAGCUCCCUAACUGGAGAGUCUGACCAGGUGCGCAAGUCCGUGGACAAGGACCCCAUGCUGCUGUCAGGGACCCACGUGAUGGAGGGCUCAGGACGGAUGUUGGUGACUGCUGUGGGUGUGAACUCUCAGACUGGCAUCAUCUUUACCCUCCUGGGGGCUGGUGGUGAAGAGGAAGAGAAGAAAGACAAAAAAGCCAAACAGCAGGACGGGGCAGCCGCCAUGGAGAUGCAGCCCCUCAAGAGUGCCGAGGGCGGCGAUGCUGACGACAGGAAGAAGGCCAGCAUGCACAAGAAGGAGAAGUCCGUGCUGCAGGGCAAGCUCACCAAGCUGGCUGUGCAGAUCGGGAAGGCGGGCUUGGUGAUGUCAGCCAUUACGGUGAUCAUCCUGGUGCUCUACUUCACUGUGGACACCUUCGUGGUCAACAAGAAGCCGUGGCUGCCUGAGUGCACGCCCGUCUACGUGCAGUACUUUGUCAAGUUCUUCAUCAUUGGCGUGACGGUGCUGGUGGUCGCCGUGCCCGAGGGGCUCCCUCUGGCCGUCACCAUCUCGUUGGCCUAUUCGGUGAAGAAAAUGAUGAAGGACAACAACCUGGUACGCCACCUGGAUGCCUGUGAGACCAUGGGCAAUGCCACAGCCAUCUGCUCAGACAAGACAGGCACGCUGACCACCAAUCGCAUGACAGUGGUACAGGCCUAUGUCGGCGACGUCCACUAUAAAGAGAUCCCCGACCCCAGCUCCAUCAACACCAAGACCAUGGAGCUGCUGGUCAAUGCCAUCGCCAUCAACAGCGCCUACACCACCAAGAUUCUGCCCCCAGAGAAGGAGGGCGCCCUGCCUCGGCAGGUGGGCAACAAGACGGAGUGCGGCCUGCUGGGCUUCGUGCUGGACCUGAAGCAGGACUACGAGCCCGUGCGCAGCCAGAUGCCAGAGGAGAAGUUGUACAAAGUGUACACCUUCAACUCCGUGCGCAAGUCCAUGAGCACUGUCAUCAAGCUGCCCGACGAGAGCUUCCGCAUGUACAGCAAGGGGGCUUCUGAGAUCGUGCUCAAGAAGUGCUGCAAAAUCCUCAAUGGGGCGGGAGAGCCUCGUGUCUUCCGGCCCCGCGACCGGGACGAGAUGGUAAAGAAGGUGAUCGAACCCAUGGCUUGCGAUGGGCUCCGCACUAUCUGCGUGGCCUACCGCGACUUCCCCAGCAGCCCGGAGCCGGACUGGGACAAUGAGAAUGACAUCCUCAACGAACUCACCUGCAUCUGCGUGGUGGGCAUCGAGGACCCGGUGCGGCCAGAGGUCCCGGAAGCCAUCCGCAAGUGCCAGCGGGCAGGCAUCACGGUUCGCAUGGUCACUGGCGACAAUAUCAACACGGCUCGGGCCAUCGCCAUCAAGUGUGGCAUCAUCCAUCCUGGGGAGGACUUUCUGUGCCUCGAGGGCAAGGAGUUCAACAGGAGGAUCCGCAACGAGAAGGGGGAGAUUGAGCAGGAGCGAAUUGACAAGAUCUGGCCAAAGCUGCGGGUGCUGGCUCGCUCCUCCCCCACGGACAAGCAUACCCUGGUUAAAGGCAUCAUCGACAGCACACACACUGAGCAGCGGCAGGUGGUGGCCGUGACGGGGGACGGGACCAAUGACGGGCCUGCACUCAAGAAGGCCGACGUGGGCUUCGCCAUGGGCAUCGCAGGCACUGACGUGGCCAAGGAGGCCUCAGACAUCAUCCUGACAGACGACAAUUUCAGCAGCAUCGUCAAGGCAGUGAUGUGGGGCCGCAACGUCUAUGACAGCAUCUCCAAAUUCUUGCAGUUCCAGCUCACCGUCAACGUGGUGGCCGUGAUUGUGGCCUUCACAGGCGCCUGCAUCACGCAGGACUCCCCUCUGAAGGCCGUGCAGAUGCUCUGGGUGAACCUCAUCAUGGACACGUUUGCCUCGCUGGCACUGGCCACUGAGCCGCCCACGGAGACCCUGCUGCUGAGGAAGCCGUACGGCCGCAACAAGCCGCUCAUCUCCAGGACCAUGAUGAAGAACAUCCUGGGCCAUGCCGUCUACCAGCUUGCCCUCAUCUUCACCCUGCUCUUUGUUGGCGAGAAGAUGUUCCAGAUCGACAGCGGGAGGAACGCGCCCCUGCAUUCGCCACCCUCAGAGCACUACACCAUCAUCUUCAACACCUUCGUCAUGAUGCAGCUCUUCAACGAGAUCAACGCCCGCAAGAUCCACGGCGAGCGCAAUGUCUUUGACGGCAUCUUCCGGAACCCCAUCUUCUGCACCAUCGUGCUGGGCACCUUUGCCAUCCAGAUAGUGAUCGUGCAGUUUGGAGGGAAGCCAUUCAGCUGCUCUCCACUGCAGCUGGACCAGUGGAUGUGGUGCAUAUUCAUUGGGUUAGGAGAGCUCGUUUGGGGCCAGGUCAUCGCCACCAUCCCGACCAGCAGACUCAAGUUCCUCAAGGAGGCAGGCAGGCUCACACAGAAGGAGGAGAUCCCGGAGGAGGAGCUCAACGAGGACGUGGAGGAGAUCGACCACGCGGAGCGGGAGCUGCGGCGGGGCCAGAUCCUGUGGUUCCGAGGCCUGAAUCGGAUCCAGACACAGAUUGAAGUAGUCAAUACUUUCAAGAGCGGGGCCUCCUUUCAGGGGGCCCUGCGGAGACAGUCCUCGGUCACCAGCCAGAGCCAGGAUGUAGCCAAUCUCUCUAGCCCUAGUCGCGUGUCGUUGUCCAAUGCUCUUUCCUCUCCGACCAGCCUUCCUCCUGCUGCAGCCGGGCAUCCGCGUCGUGAAGGCGUUCCGUAGCUCUCUCUAUGAAGGUUUAGAAAAGCCUGAAUCUCGAACCUCCAUCCAUAACUUCAUGGCUCAUCCUGAAUUCCGGAUCGAAGAUUCCCAGCCCCACAUCCCCCUCAUUGAUGACACCGACCUGGAAGAAGAUGCCGCGCUCAAGCAGAACUCGAGCCCGCCGUCAUCCCUCAACAAGAACAACAGCGCCAUCGACAGUGGGAUCAACCUGACGACCGACACAAGCAAAUCAGCUACCUCUUCAAGUCCAGGGAGCCCCAUCCACAGCCUGGAGACGUCGCUUUAGCUGAGGGCCCUGUCGCCUGCCCGCCCGCCCUCAUGGACCCCGCUGCCACCCGCUUUCCGGGCACCCAUCCAUCCAGGCACCCAACUCACCCAAGCAGCAACGAGCAACAAUCGGAAACCAAAUACUGGAGAGAAAACCAACGUUUCCACCAACAGACCCUUUCUCUGGCUGCGAUGCUGUUUGAACUCUUUUUCACUUCAAGGCAAGGGGCGGGAUCUCCACUGGGGGCUCAUGGGAGUGAGCGGUUUUCCCAAAACAAGCCCUUCCUGGCUCCCACCCAGACAUGGACCAGCCAUGCACCCGCCCAGCCACCACGUCCCCCGCAUGAAUGUACUGUACACUUUCAAUCCUCCCUUUGUUUGGUUUUUGGGGGUUGGGGAGGGGUUUUUUUUGUUUGUUUGUUUUCUUAGGCGGGAACUGCAAACAGACUCUUUUCUGAGACUAUUUAUCCAAUCCACUGGUCUGUGAGUUUUUGAAAUGCUUGCACAGCAUGGUCUCAGUUGUAUAGAUUAAUUUAAUAACUUUUUGAAAUUGCAGAGCUUAACUCGCCUAGUAGAUUUGCACCAAUGGAACCGAAGAACUUCAUAGACACUCACAAGGUUAUAUCCAUUUCUUUGUAUCUAUAUCAACGUAUACUUUUCCGAGACUGUAUACGUCCAUAUAGAUAGGUAGAUAUAUAUAUAUAUAUAAAUAUAUAUACAUGGAUAUAUAAAGUUUCUUUGCCGGCAUGUUGCCUUGUUUCUGCUUAAAUUGCUCUAUUUUAACUUAUUUAUGUCCUAAAAGAAGAAUGUAAUUUGUUUACAAACCUGUAGAUAACGUCUUUGGCUAUUUGUAUGGUUUAAGAACACUGGUGGCUGAGAUGCUAUCAAAACAGCUCGGCCCAACAGACACUUCCCCUGGGUUGCAUCCUUGAUGUUUUAUGAUAGCCAUGCUCUGAUUUUUGCCUGCUAUUUCCGUUCAAUAAUGUCACUACCGUGAGAGGCUCAGGCAGAAGCCAAAUGCUACCGAGUUGCCAUCCUGAGGGGUUUAACAACAUGCUCCGUAGACGAAGGGAGAGGAGGAGAGAAGGCUUCCUGGGUUUGCAACACUAACGGCCAUCCGGCCCAAGGAUGCCAGGAUCUGCAAAGCACUGCUCGAAGACUUUUCUCUCAAUGAAACUCGCUUGAGUUUACUAAGAGCAUUUCAAAAAUAGGUUCUCUUUGGCACUGUCUGUACAGAGAUUGAGGUAGUGUUGAAAUAUUAUAAAUGGUAUUGUGUUGAUCUUUUUUUUAUUUAGUAACUUACAGGUUUGUUUCCUUAUUAAUGGCAGCAUCCGAGCUGUUGGCAUAUUGGAUGAGGAUCAGUAUGGCUUGCUGCUUUUAUUUUUAUUUUUGAAGAAGAAUAGCCUUUUUCUCUGCACUAUUUAGAUCCGAAUGAACCUUAUGAUGUGUAUAUUGAGAUGUACUCAGUGUGAUUUUAAACCAAAUUGUCUUCCUGUAGUCACAAUAUAUACUGUAGCCUUUUAACAGCAAGUCUUGCUUUCCCAAACAGAAAGCCAUUCUGAAACCCUACAGUAUCACAGGUGAGAAAAGGUGGUUAUUUUUUCCCCAAGCCAACAGCACUAGUAAUCCCACUUAAUAAGAGCUUAUUUAAUUGGAUGUCAGCCUCUUAACUGCUAAGCACUUUGCGGGUCUCAGCGUUUUUCAUAAAAGAACUUUUGUAUUUAAUACAAAGUUUGCUUUGAGACUUUUCAGCACAUGAUCUUUUUCCAUAAACUUGUACAGUGCAAAAGACGUUUUGAAUACCAUGAUCGAUGAUGUCCCAUGCUUCGAGGAAAACCAAACACUUUCCGCCUCUCUUGCAAAAUCCAUUCCUCAUGCUGACCCUCCUCACGAUGGCUGUGUCAGCCCAGCCCCUUCCCUUCUCCAGGCCCAGAGAACUCUUCCACAAACAAGAUGAGAGCCACUCGGGAAAAGAGCCAUAGUCAACUGGGAGGGCCUACAUCUGGAUGGCGGUGGAAAAACUUGAGGGUUUGGGGUUCAAAGUCAGCCCAUCCCACCUGGCAAAAUCCUCCUGGAAGGAGGACCUUCAAGAGCGCAUCACCUGAAUGUCGUGAAGAAGUAUCUCUGAAUGUAUCCAGGAGAGGAACUGCAUAACCAAAGGGGUGACCAGCCCUCAGAUGUGCUUAUUGGAUUCCAGUACAAACGCCACCAAAGCCAGCCCACUGCUCUCCUACAAGGAAGGAAAGAUCUGCACGUGUAAAACAUGGGGCAGCCUUGGAACAUGGUGUUUUUUUGGAGUUUCCUUUCUCACAGUUUUCCAUCUCCCCACUUCUUUGAUCAGUCAUGUGUCCGUGACCUCGUUCCAUGACAUCAGGAUAGCUGUGUUUGCACACCAUGCUCCAUGUUCAUUUGGAGCCAGGAGGGGUUCUCAGUGGAGCCUGGCUUAGGGAACAGGGAGCGAUGGAAGAAUGCCAACAUUAGCGUUGGUCUUCUCUUGUCAGGAAUGAAGGAUGCUUGCACACAUUCACCCCCUCACUUUCACACUUGCACACAUACACACACACACACGAAAUGGUUGGUUUGUCAAAACUCACUGUAGUACAUAAAGCUUGCACUCUGCGUCCUAUAUCUAGCAGCAUGGGGUACGUUUGGCAGUUCACUCCAUUAGGGGGUAAAUAAUUUAUGACCAUUCAUCUGUUUUUAUGAAUUUUUUUAUCUAGACAAUAAUUGUAAAUAAAGAACUCACCAUCUCUGUUCAUUUAAUACUAUGCAAUGGUUAUGCUUUCAAUCGCUGGCUCUUCUGACUCGUGCAGUGUGGUUCUGAAAUGUUUGUGGUUUAAAAAAAAAAGGCAAAAAACAACAUCAAACAGAACAUAGUAAAUAUAUCUGUAAUGUAUACUUUUUUCUAGUUUGGGACUGCAUCAUCCACAUAGCUUCUUUUCUGUCCUCUAGACAAGGGCUCCAGGAGUAGGUGGCAGAUUUGGUUCUGAGAGCUAAGCUCACCAACUUGUCUCCACCUCAACAGAUGAGGGAAGGGCAGGGAGCCCGUUCAGUGACUCCUGGCGCUGCAGAAUCACUCAUCUUUGGAGUGAGCAGAGAGAGCUCUGAGGAGUUUCCUUCUUGCAACUCAGGCAGAGCUUUCUUUAACUCAGGAGCAGCCUCCAUUGCUCCCGCCAACCCCUCACCAUGGCCCCUUGUCCCCUUGUCCCAACCAUAGCAUAGAGAUGACAAGAGGGAGGCAGUCCUAUUUCUGAGACUGGACCAAUUAAAAUGACUGCACUGGCUCAAGGACUCUGAACCUGUCUUGUCCUGGGUCCUCCAGUUGUUGGAAGCCACUCUUUUCCCCAACCAUGCUGAAAUGCCACCUUUACCACGCACUGAUGUCUUAUAUAGACUUAGAUCUAUUUCUGGAACUUCUCUUCUCUUCCCUUACUUGGGUGUCUCAUCUGGCACCAGCCAUACAAUUUUAACUACUGUCAAUUUCUAAUGUCUUAUUAUGUGGUGGGAUGAGUCCCUUCACUCUUCUUUUACAAAAUUUCCUAGUUAUUCUCUCACAUCUAUUCUUCCACAUAAACUUUAAAUUGUGCCCAGUCCUCCACCCCCUGUCCCAUUCCCACCCCCAAAUUCUGGGCUCUGUCAUUCCCUGUGCCAUCAUCUUCCCCCCAUUGUAAUUACUGUCCACUCAGGGCUGUGAAAUAGACUAUGUUCUAUAAAGAGGGACAAAAAGGGCAUCCUGAUCUUGAGAGAAGCCUGCUGUUCCUCCCAUCAUUUCACCUGCCCCCUAAGCCCAGGAGUUGUCAUAAGAGGUCACCAGGCCCCCACUCAAUCUCAGCUUGGGAACCAAAGUCACCCACCUUGGUUGUGCUGGGGUGGACUCGCCAUCUGUCUCUGGUCCAGAUGAGAAAGAGGAGUCUCUCCUAGGCCUGGAGCAGGGAAAGAAUGUGUGGCCCAGUUGUCUGCACUUCUAAUUCUCAUCAUGGAGAAAGCUUUAUUCCUAUCUCCCUUUCCUGAACUGGUUUUUUGUUGUUUUUGUUUCAUUUUGUUUUGGGGGGAUAGUUUCUUGCUGUUUAAUUUGGAGGCUCCAGUACCUUUGGGAUGCAGGCAGUUCUUGCCUGGGCCUUCUCGGAACCCUCACUCCCCUAGCCCACUCUUGCGCUACCUGCAGGAGGCUGCCAACCUGGUGCAUUCUGACAAGCCUCCCACCCAAAUCUCUCUCCUGCCAUUGUGUCCAAAAUCCCACCAUUAGAGGCUCUUGUAGGGAAGAGCAUUUCUUGAAGGCUUUUAGGCCUUCCAGAGCCAGGAGGGAAGUCAGACAAUAGCAGGAAGUCCCCAAGCCUUUUCAAAGUUCCAAACCAAGCUCUCCUGAUUUUAAUGUAGAGAUCAUACCAACCCAGGUGGGGGAGGAGGGUCCCCAGCCCCAGGCAGCAGCCAUCACCCCCUCCACUGAAAACAAUAUUGGAGGCUGCUUUGGGACUGCCCUUCUCAGCCCCCUAAGUCUGUUUUGUAAUGCCUGUGGUGCUCUCCCUCCCGGACCUUUCCUCUCGGGGGUCACCACACUUUGCUAACUCUUGUGUGCACAUAUUUUAUAAUAGAGUAGCGAGGGAAUGGUGCCGCCUCCAGCUUCCAUAAGCUGCCCGGGCUCUGGGGGGCUCUGGGACAAUCGGGGCUGGGAAGUGACUGUGCUCUUAUUGUACACUCUUUAUUUCUCUGUAUCUUUGGCUUGUGCUCUUUGUAAUUAAUGGGAUUUGUCUGCCUUUUCAACACUAUACUGAGCAAUAACAAUAAAUGCACACGUGGAAAUGCA